AGCCGCGGAGGGCGGGGCUGGCCUCGGCCCCGGAAGCCGGAAGUGCCGGUCGCUCCGGGGUCGCUGGCCCGAAGAACAUGAGCGCGGCGGGUGGCGUUCGCCGCCGCGCGCGACUGUCACGCCUCGUGUCCUUCAGUGCGAGCCACCGGCUGCACAGCCCCUCUCUGAGCGAUGAAGAGAACUUGGCAGUGUUCGGGAAGUGCAACAAUCCCAAUGGCCAUGGACACAACUAUAAAGUUGUGGUGACAGUACACGGAGAGAUUGAUCCUGUUACAGGAAUGGUUAUGAAUUUGACUGACCUCAAAGAAUACAUGGAGGAGGCCAUCAUGAAGCCCCUUGAUCACAGGAACCUGGAUCUGGAUGUGCCGUACUUUGCAGAUGUUGUAAGCACAACAGAAAAUGUAGCUGUCUACAUCUGGGAAAACCUCCAGAAACUUCUUCCUGCAGGAGUUCUUUAUAAAGUAAAAGUGUACGAAACUGACAACAACAUUGUGGUGUAUAAAGGAGACGAGAUCUUAGGGUUAAAUUAUAGGAAGGCUGAUUGCUUUUCAUAAUUAAAAAGCCCUUUGUAAUAUCCAGCAGUCAUCACAUACUUGUGUCUCCACAUUGUAUUCUAGAAUGCUGAGAGUUAAAAAUAAUUGUAAGGUCCAUAUUUAAGUGUAUUUAAAAAAUCAGACUUUUAGUAUGUCCUGAAUAUAUAUUUGGUGAGGGAGCAGGGGGGAGCUCCCCCCCUCCCCCACCUCCGGGGCCUCACACAUGCCAAGCAUGUUGAGUUGCAUUCCAGUCCUCUCAGUGCCAUUUAGAGUAUCUUCUGUCUAGAGAUUAAAAGUUAUUUCAUACUCAGCAAAAUGUUUUGGUGUGGAAUUAUUUAAAAGCAAAAUAAAUCCAUUUUCCUUGUGUGUA